CAAAAUUUAGCCUCGAGUUCCUUAUCUCUUACCCAUCUGGUAUUUUUGGUUUCAAAUUCAAGAAUUUCUGGAUUUCAAUGAGAGAAUUGAUUUGAGAGCGUGUUGGUCAUUCAACAUGUACUCGUUGAUUUCAACGCCUCUUUGCAACUUUGGCGUUUCAAAGUUCCCUUUACCAACUUCUUUCAAUUUCAGUUACAACAAUAAUCCCCAGUUUCUCAGCUGCAGAAAAUCCCUGCAAAUACAUGCCAAUGCGGCAAAUGAAGUAGAUAGACAGAUUGAAACUGUUCAGGAAGAACCCAAAGAAGAAAACUUAGAAGCUGAACCCCAAAAUGGAAGCAACAACAUCUCCAGUACUCCCUCCCCUUCCACUGCACCCCUUGACAAGGACCUCAAAAAGGUGGUUCAGAAGACUGCUGCAACCUUUGCACCAAGGGCUUCCACAGCUACUAAAAACCCUGCUGUGCCUGGAACUGCCUUGUAUACUGUUUUUGAGGUUCAAGGUUAUGUCUCAAUGUUGUUGGGUGGAGCUUUAUCUUUCAAUCUCAUAUUCCCAUCAAAUCAACCUGACAUAUGGAGAUUGAUGGGGAUGUGGUCUAUUUGGAUGUUCACAAUUCCCUCCCUUCGAGCCCGAGACUGCUCGAAAAAUGAAAAAGAAGCUCUUAAUUAUCUCUUUCUCAUCGUGCCAUUGCUCAAUGUUACAAUCCCUUUCUUUUGGAAGUCUUUUGCGGUCGUCUGGUCUGCUGACACCAUAGCCUUCUUUGCCAUGUAUGCCUGGAAGCUUGGAUGGCUACAGAAAACAGAGUAGGAAUUAAUUGCAUUGGCCUUUGAUUGGAUCAUGGAGCUAUUAUUCUUAAAUGAUCCCCAGUUUCAAACCCAUGAUGCAUGCGAGAUACAAAAUUCCUUCAAUCUGAUUAUUGCGGUAACUCACAACCAGAACGAUGAUUAUUCAUGAUUAACAUGGCAGGGGGUGGUUGUUUCAUCUGAGUAAGACUCAAAUAGAUAUCUCUUAGAAAUGUAAUUAAAAACUGAUACCGAUUCAUCUAUAUUCUUGGGGUCUUGGCUGGUUCUCUCUUUUCUUUUGAAACUCAAGCUUCAAAGCUGUUUCUCAGGAAUUUUGUGUACACUCACAAGUCCAUUUGGAGAAUCUACGGAUUGAAUUUUCUGAA